AUGAAUUUAGACACGGUCCGAAAGAAUGAUCGUGUGCUUCGCUCGACACAGCGAGACUUGGAAAGAGAUAGGCGACAGCUGAGUCGACAGGAGAAGGAACUGAUGAUAAGUUCGAACGCGCGAAUAGCUGAUGCAGUGAAGACGAGUACCAAGUCUAUGCGGAUGUUCGAAUCGAAGGUGAACCCGCUCAAAUUGGCAAAAACGCUGAAGGAGUUCGAAGAAGGGUCUUCUAGACUGGACAUGUCCGAAGAAUUAAUUAAUGACGCUUUGGACGGCAUCAUGAACGAUUCUGGUGACGAAGAGGAGGAACAACAAGUGAUAGACAAGGUGCUGGAUGAAAUCGGGAUUGAAACAUCGCAGAAGAUGCCAAAGUUGCCGGUGACCGCAGAAAAAACCCGUGAGACAGAGAAGGGUAGAUCAUCAGAAAUUACUGAUAAAGAAAUUUUGAAGUUGUUGAACGAACUGAAAACAUGA